AUGCCCGCCUCCGAGCGGAGGCGGCAGUGGUUAUCGGUGGUGGGUAUCAUCGGAGACCUGGGUCUCAAGGUGGCGCCCCUCAAGACUGAAACCGUGCAACUGGCCCCCAGGGUGCGCAAAGCGGGGACGGCAGUUGCCAGCCUGCUGCGCGCCCAAGGGGGCCCAGGAUGGCAGGCUCGCCACCUGUACGUCGGUGCGGUUCUCUCGAUCGCCCUGUACGGGGCGCCUAUAUGGGCGCCCCAGUUGCAGGUCAGCGCGGCGGCCAAGCGUCUGCUACGGCAGGCACUAAGGCCGCUGCUGAUCAGGGCGAUCCGGGAGUUCCGCACCGUGUUGUACAUGGCGACGACCACCCUGGCCGGUUCCCCGCCCGUGGAGCUCCUAGCCGAGGAGCGGUAUAUCCUCUACUGGAAGGUAAAGGAGCUCCACGAGGCGGGAGAGUUGACGGCCAGGGGCCUGAAGGCCCUGAAGACCCAGGCCAGAGCCUGGAGAGGUGGGAAGGCGUAUUAG